AUGUCAUCUCCUACAGUCAUAAAUUCAAGCGCACAAUUCGAAACCCUCCUCAAGUCCAAUACAUACGUAAUCGUUGACUUCCACGCCACAUGGUGUGGACCUUGCAAAACUAUCGCUCCAACCUUCAACCAGCUAGCUGCCUCCGAGACGAAGCCUGGUCGGAUCAUCUUCGCCAAAGUCGACGUUGAUGCACAACCGGGCAUCGCGCAGAAGUAUGGUGUGUCAGCCAUGCCUACCUUUCUCAUCCUCAAACGCUCUUCUGUCAUCGAAACCAUUCGCGGCGCCAACCCAUCUGCACUCCGAAACGCAGUGAUGUCCGCAUCCUCAGAUUCCGCAAAAGGCCCUGCACAGUCGUCUACGUCGUUCCAGAGCAAAGGCCAUACGCUCGGAGGUGCAGGAGCAGGCACAUCGCGCAGCCAGACCGGCUCAUCUGGGUGGUCAUUCGGCGCACGUAUGCCGGGAACUGGCGGCGCGGGACGCACACUGGGUGGAGGAGGAAACGGAUACAUAGAUGUGGUCGUGAGAUUCUUCGGGUUGUAUUUUACGAGCCUGCUGAGUCUCGACUCGUAUACGGCAGCAAGCGAAAGCCCAUUUCGAGCGCGGUGA